CGCAUCACGAAACAUACUGUUAAACAAGGCUCACAGUUCCUGACCGCGUCAUACGCGUCAUUCGUUCCCCUCCACUCGUCCUGGGCACUCAUAGACCUGUAUUUUUGUUUCUACUCCAUGACUGAUGACCUCCAUCGCCCAGAGGAGACGACUCGAAAAGCUAUAAGAGAGGGAUUAAACCAGCAGCGGCGGCGUCAUUCCUGUCAUCCUUCCCCGUAAUGAUAUUAUGACCAGGGAGAUUCCUACACUCCUCCCUGACUCUGUCGUCUGCCUUACCCCUCCCCCCAUUCCCUAUCCCCGUGAUGAAUCGGAUGAGGGUGCGGUUAUUACGGGCAGGCAGACUAUCCCCGCCCUUCCAGCUCUACCAACUCCUCCCGCUCCUCCGGCCGUUCCAGCGAUUUCAGCGCUUACAGGCAGGCAGGUGAUUCCAGCUCUCCCGGCUCCUCCUGCCCCGCCAGCUCCUCCCGCUCCUCCGGCGAUUCCAGCGAUUCCAGCUAUUCCAGCGCUUACAGGAAGGCAAGCUCUACCCGCCCUUCCAGCUCUACCCGCUCCUCCUGCGCUCCCAGCUCUCCCGGCCCUUCCUCGCGAUGAAUCAAAUGUUAUUAGCAGGCAGGUUACGAUCUCCCCAGUCCUUCCUACCCUUCCGACCGGCGACGAAGCAAGUGUUAUUGAAAGCAGACAGGUUGUUACGGGCUCUCCCACCAUCUCCCCAGUCCUUCCUGUUCUUCCCCGUGCUAUGAUUAUGGGCAGACAGGUUGUCACCAUCUCCCCAAUCAUCUCCCCAGUCCUUCCUCGCGAUGAUGGUACCAUUAUUGCGGGUAGGCAGGUCAUUACGGGCUCCCCAGUCAUCUCCCCAUUUCUUCCUCGUGGACAGUGAUUUCGCUGCGCCAUGGCCUCUAAGGAGGCAGGCAAUUUUUUGUGGCUCAGAGCGUCUUGGUGAUCUUGUACAAUAUAUUCGUUCCUUAGAUAAAUAGUUGGAUAAAACAAUAUUGCUGGAUAGUAGCAAACGUGUCAAUACCUAUAACAUUUCGAGUUU